AUGAGAAUAGCUAAAGUAUACCCAGAGUAUAAGAAUGCUAACAUUUUGGUAAAUUGUGCUGGUAUGACGCAAAAGAGCCUUUUACUGAAUACACGUGAGCAGGAUAUUGUCAAUAUAUACAUAUUGAAUUUGAUUGCGCCUGCAAUAUUAAGCAGGUUCUUUGCAAGAAGUAUGAUUCGGCAAAAGCAUAAGAAUGCUAAUAUCUUAAAUAUUUCAUCCAUGUUGGCAGAAAGGUACCUUCCCGGUACAACUGCAUAUUCAUCAAGUAAAAUGGGUCUUGUUAGGUUAACUACCACAAUGUCCAAAGAAUUUAUGCGUCAUGAUAAUCAAUUGAUUCGCGUCAAUGCCAUCCUUCCUGGUCUUAUAAAGGAUACAGAUAUGGGAAACGCUGUCAACUUUACUAAAAUGAAGGAGUACGGCUUGGGAGAUAUGAUCACCGAUAAAGAAAGUGUUGCGAGGGUAUCAGCUCAACUAAUAUUAGACGGUUACUCCACAGGAGAGGUUGUCAGCGUAUUAAACAAGUAA